UAGUAGUAUUAGUAGUAGCAGCAGCAGUAGUGCUGUCGUCACUGUUGGCCUUAACGAACGCACAAGCGCUCGAACAGGUGCGAGAAUGGCUCGGACUACUUCUACUAUUACUACUACUACGGCAACUUAAAAAAAAAAAAAGCCCUGUUCAGGCUUUCUACGGAUUACAACUAGGAGAAAAUUGUUUAGCCGACCAUUCAACAAGCCAUGUGUGUGUGUCUCCAUGUUGUAUAACUGUCACCAACUCAAGCAAUCGUUGAGACUGGAAUAUAUUAUUUAAAGAUAUAUAAAAUGAAAAAACGAAAACGAAUAACCAUGGAUUUAUAAUUUGCUAGAAAGAAUAACGAGGAAAUAUCAUAAGUGUGAGGAAUAAAAACUAUAAAAAAAAGCAAUCAAAAAACAUUCAGUGAAAUUAUUUUCCGAUUCCUAAAAACCAAAGUGGUUUGUGUAGCAACAAAUCUAUGAAUAGUAAGAUACGGUGGUCGCCUUCCACUUUCUUUUUUUAUCAAAUUCCUGGAUUAAUUUUACUAUUGUUACCCUUACUAUUUCUACUGUUCUUCGACAGACACCGUUUACCCUUUUAUUGAUCAACUGGAUAUGGGGGGAAAACCCCUAAAUGAAUCAACCUUUUAUAACGUUACCUUCUAUUAAACUCUGCCCCAGACUCUGCUACUCACACAACACGUUCGGUUGCCUUGGCAGAUUUACACCAGCAGUAUUCUCUUUAAAGUCUUCGCAAUGAAUAUUUAUGACAAAUUUGAAAGUAAAUCAACAGCGACUGGAAUGUUUAUUCAAUAUUUUAGAAAAAAGGAAACCUAAAUUAUAUCUUCCGAUGACUUCCAGAAGAAAAAUUUGUUCCUAGUCGUUUUUAAAACUGCUCUUCCUUAGAAUCAGAAAACGUUUUUUCAAGAAAAACCUAGCUUUUGGAAUGGAAGAAAAAAUAAUAGAAGAAUAAUUCGGAUUACCUAAUCUUAGCAGUUGAACUUACAUUGGGAUAUCUGCAUAUAUUACUAUUAAUCCCAGACUCGGAUGUCGCUACAUUGCGGCGCUACAUUUUAUAUAACUCUAAGAUAGACUGAGAAUUCCUCCGAAAUAAUUGACUUUAUUCUAAAAAGAUAGAAUUUCUAGAAUCCAGAGACCUUUUCUUUCUUUCACCGAGUGAUACCUCACAGUCUUCCUCGCUUCUACCUGACUUUUCCUUGGAUCUUCUUACCAAUCCUGAGAUGGCAAGAUGUUCCAGAAGAUUACUUGUAAUUAAACCUGGAGAAUAUGCUAAGUCGAGUGGUUUUUCUGAUUGGAAGGAAUACAAAAAGAAAGCUUCUCGAAAAUAUUCCUUUUAUAAAGCAAUUCAAUUGUAUUUAGUUUCUGAAUGAUGCUUUAAAUAUUAAAAUACUGCAAACACGUUUACAGGUUUGGAGCGAUUACAAAAAUAUGUUUUUAUUCAAAUUGACCCAAAGAAAAUCUAAAAGAAUUAUUAAUUAUCGAAAUUGAAAUAUUGCCAGUUGCCGGUAUCGGCCAAGUCAAUUAAUUAAUUAAUUAAAAGGGAAAAACAACAACUGAGUUGAUUGCAGUGUUUCAGGAAACAACAAUAACUGCUGCUAUUAACUAUCGGAUUAAAUAAGGCUUUUAAAAAAUUAUAGAAAUUAUCUCGGGUUCUGUCUGAAAUAUUUAAAGAAUUAAUUUAAUUUAAAACGGCCUGGAAAAAAAAAACAGUGUAUUAAACAACCCAAACACACCAAGAAAAGGAAGAAUUAUAAUGUUCACUGGAAUAAUUAUUUAAAUUUCAUUUUAUUCGUUUUGGAUUUGAUAAAAAAAAAUCUUACUCAAGAAGGUUAAAAACUGGUUCGCGUUUGAAAUUAAGAAUUGGUUUCGUAUUUCUAUUAUUGGAAAAUUUUAUCGAUAUUGCUGUGAUUUUUCUCUACCUCAGGAAAUAUUAACCAAAAAUAUCAGCAACCAACAGACAGCCCAGCAGUAUUAAAGAAAAGAAACUUCGUGGAAACAGUUUUUUGUUUUGUUAAACAGGGUAAAAACCAAAUCAAAACCAUUUAUUUAUAUUAUUAAUACUAACCAAAUAAUUAUGGGGGGACAUAUAUCGCUUCUUGAUGGUCCCUCUGUUCAACUUGCUAUGUUGGGAUUAGACUCUGCAGGCAAGACUACUGUCUUGUAUCGGCUUAAGUUUGACCAGUACACGAACCCCGUACCAACAAUAGGGUUUAAUUACGAAAAGAUUCGUGUUAAAACUGGUAAAGCAAAGGGUGCUACUUUCUGCAUCUGGGAUGUGGGAGGUCGGGACAAAACCCGACCCUUAUGGAAAUCUUACACCCGUUCUGCUGACGGUAUUGUGUUCGUUGUGGACAGCGUAAACCGAGAAAAACUAGAAGAGGCCCGGGUAGAGUUACUACGGCUACUACGUAGCCUGGAAGGCCACAGUCUACCCGUGUUGAUUAUAGCUAACAAACAGGACUUGCCGGCGUCGAUGAGUCCGGAAGAGAUAGAGAAAUUUUUAACCUUAAACGAAGCUUCCCCGGGUUUACUAUGGCACGUUCAGCCAGCGUGUGCUGUGACCGGCGAGGGACUUGUCGAAGCAAUGGAUGUUAUGUUUGAAAUGAUAGAAAAAAAGAAAAAAAUGAACAAACAAAUUAAAAAGAAGAGGUGACUAGUGAAAUAAUUAAAAUUUCACUUCCCAAUCACCAACCUAUUUUUUUAAACAAUGGUUGAAUCCAUCUUAUACGCUUGCGAAAACCCUCACAAGAUCCAUUCUCUGGAAUCCUACUCAUCUUUUUUGGUGAACGUAUUGGAAUAAGAAGCGGGUAUGCGGUCCUAAGCCGGCGCUUUAUUGUACAUCUGGCCGAAAUGAUAUUCUAUAACUCGAGGUUAUUCGGUAUUUGACCGUUUUUUUUUUUAAAACACGGUCUGGUUUAUUUUCACUUCAAGUUUUUUCCGUUCCAUUCAUUUUGUUUAUUAAAAGACCCCUUACACUUAUUGUUAUUGCCCCAUUCACACACACACGCACACGCACAUAAACCUGACCUUAUACCUGCCUAGUCACAAGAAAUUGUAUUUCCCUCCUACUUCUGAUUGUCUUGGGUAAUGGCUGGUUUUUUUUUUUGGUUUGCUUGCGAUU